UUCUGUUUACUUACUUUUAUGUAUUGAUAUUUCAGUAAAUGAAUUUUCAAAAUAAAACAUAAAUAAAUAUGUAAACAGGUGAAACGCAAACUUACAUGUUUUGACAAAAAUAAAUAACAAAAUGCUAACGGAUUUUGCUAAAGAAAAGGUUUUUUGGACAAGAAAGAUGAAUUUGAAACUUGUUAAAUUUAUAGAAAGCAGACCAAGCAUUUGGAACCCUAAACAUCCUAAAUACACAUCAGUUAAAAGCAGGGAUCAAACGUACGCAGAAUUUGCAUCUAAAUACGGCAAUGAAUUUACUGGUCAAGCAGUAAAAGAUCGAUGGACGAACAUAAGAUCUACCUAUGCGAAUUAUUUACGAAAAUUAAAAGCGAGUCGUGCGAAAGCCGAUGGUGAAGAGUACACAAUAAAUUGGCACCUAUGGAAUGCAUGCCAAUUUUUAACCAAAGUUAACAAAAAAAUAAAAAAUGAAUCAGCAUCUCAAUUAAACAUCGAAGAAAUUGGUGAACAACAAGAAAUUAAUAUUAAUAAUAUCCAAAUACAACAGGCCUGGAGCAGUGAUGAGGACUACCAUGAUAACUCAAAUGAUCCGAAUAUAAAAUGCAAAGUCAUUGUGGAUAAUUUAAUAAAAGUGUUCAAGGGUAUGCAAAAUGAUGCAUUUGGAUUGGAUAAUACAAAACAUGGUCAUGUAGGCCGUACAGUAACUAAGAAACUAUCUGAAAUGAACUCAUAUGAAGCAGCCGUAGCCUCACAAAAAAUAAUGGAUAUAUUAUUACUUUAUGAUGAGAGUAAUCCUCAAAAUCCUAACAAUCCAAUUUAGUUUAUAUAUGCUAUAAAUA